AUGGGGGAAAGAGGUAGGCCCUCGAAUAUAGAGGCGCUGAGAAGAGGAAGGACGCUGAGCAUAGGAAGCAUGGAAAAUCUGGAAGAAAUCUGGAAGAGAAAAAGGGAUGAAGGAAGUGAAGAGGGUACGCAAAAAGGAAAAGACGAAGAAGGAAGGAAACGAACACGCGGAUGGAUGUUUAAAGAAAGCAAUCUGACGGAACGAUCACCAGAGAAGAAAAAAGAAAAGACAGAAGGUGCUGGAGGAGUUGGAGAAAUAAAAGAGUUAAUAAAAGAUUUAGGAAGAGAUCUGGGAGGGAAGAUGGAAAGGGUGGAAGAGAACAUGAGGGACCUAAGAAAAGAAGUGAGAGAAGAAAUACAGGAUGCGAUAGAAAAAAGAAAGGAGGAAAUAGGAGGUGAGCUCGAAAAGAAAUGGGAGAGGAAGGAGAAAGAGGAGAGAAGGAGAAAUAUAAUAAUCAGAGGUACGAAAGUAAGAAGAGAGGGGAUGAAAGAGAAGGCGGAGGAGAUAUUACAGUUGACAGGAGUAGAAAACGCAAUAGAGGAGGUAAAAGAGGUAGGUGCGGGUGAAAGAGGAAAAGAAGUUAGCGUGAUGUUGCUAAAAAUAAAAUCAAACGAGUUAAAAAGGAGGAUAAUGGAAAACAAAAAAGCGCUAAAAGGGAGAGAAGAGAGAAUAGAAGAGGACUUAACAUGGGCGGAGAGAAAGACGCAAUGGAUGCUAAGGAAAAUAGGAAGAGAAGAAAGAGAGAAACGAAGAUAUGUAUGGGUAGACCACGGAAAAAUAAGAAUAGAAGGGAAAUGGUGGAGAUGGGAUGAAGAAAAGGGAAGGCUGGUAGACGGGGAGGGGAAGGAGUGGAAGGCCACUCAGGGAGGAAGACAGAGGGAGGGGGGAGAGGAGCAAGGGUUAUAG